AGCGGCAUAGCAAAAACGACGACGACGUAGAAGUUUUUGGAGUAGCCCGACGACGGAGGAAAGCAUGUGUCGUGAUCCUCGCUUCGCGCGUCGCACGUUCUCCUUAAAAUUUAAAGAGCUUUAUGAUUUCCUCUUAGUUUCUUAAUUUGCGUUGUGGGAUAAAUUUUAGGAAGAAAAUACAAACACAGUUUGUAACUAGGAACUGAGAGAGUCGGCGAUUGCUCAGCCCCAUCAGGGAGAGAGAGGUGUAGCUCCGUCGUUGUCGUCGUCGUCGUCGUGUUCAAUCUGCCCUUUCUUUCUUUCUUUCUCUCUUUUCCUCUCUGUUUCACACAUCUUUAGAUCAAUCUGUGUCCAUCCCUCCUUCCUGCAUCGUGAUACUCAAGUAUUAUUCUUCGUCGUGUCGCUGAAUUGGGUUGGGACUGACUCGGGCACUUUUGAUGGAUUUUGAACAAUCGUCCCCUAGUUGCAGAUCGUCGUCGUCGUCAGUGCCACCUGUUUGUUCACUCACUUUUUCAAAGAAAUAGUUGUGUUGCGCAUUGUGUACUUUUUUUUUUGGUUACUUUCUUAUUGUGGUGUUUCGCUUUGUUUUGUUUUGCAGUGACGGAGGAGGUAUAGGAGGAGGUAUAGGAGGAGGUGGAGUGGGAGGAAGGGCUGGUUGUAUGAGAGGGAGGAGGAAUUGAUCGUUUGGAUUAUUGAGGAGUUGAUUGGAGCGGAGAAGGGCGGCAAGCAUGAAGGUCGUCCUUUGGGGCCCGUUUGUAUGGGCGCUGGUGGUGGCGUUGCUGAUGCAAGUAUUGGGGAGAGCCGUUGUGGCGAGUAACAGGCUCGGAGUUAAUCCUUUCCCAGAUGUCUCAGCAGGCCAAUCCAUCACGUUACACCCUUUGGCUGAUGGCGUCUUUGUGGAAACUUCACCGGGAGUGAAACCGGGGAAUCUUGUGGCGUGCAUGCGAGUUCGAAUUCAUGGCAUCCCUCGGUUUUCAAAUAUCGAAAAAUUUGCAGUUAUCACACGAGUCAAGGUGCAGUCUGAAGCUACUCCUGCGUACAGGCCAGCUCCUCCUAAAGUUGAGGUGUGCAUGCAUCGGAAUGGGUCGAUGGAAGUGGCGCAGUGCUCAAGGGAGAGCUGGCGAGCUCUUGAGAAGGGUUCCUGGUCUGGAGCUGCGUCUCCUUUUGAGACCAAGUAUGUCGAUCUUCGAUUGACCGAUUCUCAUACAGAUGUUUCCCUGAGUAUAUCCGCCGAAGAAGAGAGCCAGGGUUUUCGAUUUGCUUUUUUGGUUUUGGGGAUGAUGUUGAUGUUGUUGGCUCCUUUGGUGAGCGAUUGGGUGCCAUUUUACUACAGCAGUGCCAUGACCUUGGGCGUCUUCUUGGUGAUCAUUGUACUACUGUAUCAGGGCAUGAAGCUGCUACCAACUGGGCGCAGGAGUUCACUCUGGCUUCUACUUUAUGGUUCGCUGCUAGGGAUGGGAACUGUAGUUAUUCACUAUUUCAGUGUACUCGUCAGCACCCUUCUCAAGGAGUUUGGACUUAGCGAUGAUAUGUACAACCCUAUAGCGGUAUUCCUUGCUCUUGGUGUUGUUCUCAUCGGUGCUUGGGUUGGCUUCUGGGGAGUGCGGAAAGUGGUACUUGCUGAAGAUGGAAGUGUUGAUACUGGUGUUGCUAAAUUUGUGAAGUGGGCAAUUCGUUUCAUUGGUGGUGUCAUGCUUCUUCAGUCCUCAUACGACAUCGUUUUUGCUAUAUUAGCACUUGCACUAGGAUCAGCAGCGACAUGGAUUUUAGGGAACUUCUUCAACGUUCUAGAGAACCUCGAAGUUGCAGAAGGUCUUGAGCGUCUGUGGUCCCACUAUUGGAAUUCAGAAGGAGUGCUUGCGUGGGCAGGAGAAAAGCUACAAGAAUUCUGGUUCAAACGGCAAAGACUGCAAAGACACGAUGUCUUUCGAUCCCAUUCGAAGCGAAGUGUCAACAAGAUGCCAAUGACUAAAACUCAGGCAAAUUCUCUGCAGAAACUUCCCGGGAAGGAGGCCCUGACGAGGUGGGAGCAAGUCAGUGCUCUGUCAAAAAGACACUUUGCAGCGCCUGUAGCUGACCUGGCGUCUCCGUCUCCUCCCCGGCGGAAAGAAGUUUACUCGACCUUUCAUAAGACUCCAGAUCGCAAGCCGUUGAGUGGCAGUGAUUACAAGGCCACUGAUAUGACUGGAGAGGCAGUUAGUGAAUUAGUCAGAUCCAAAGACUUUCAGCAAUGGUGGGCUACAAACGUAGUUAGCAAUAACCGUAUUUCCAUUGCUCCCAUUGAACACAGGGAGGAGAGACCAGAGGAGGAUAUUGAAGCCACAGCUUCCUUGCCUGAGGAUGAUUUUUUCUUACAAAAGAAUUCUGAGCAUUUGAGAAAUUAUUCAAGAAAAUUGUAGUCUAGACUUGUGUAUAUUACUAUACGCGGGCAUAUCAAGUCCAAAGGAAGAGGGGGUAACAGCUUCCUGUCAAUACUUUGUUAUUUUGCAGAGAGUACACUGUUUCAUUUUCAGCUUCCUUUUAGAUAAGCUGAGAGUUUUGAUAUUUUCCUUAGAUUCUGAAGUGUUUCCGAAUGGAGGUUGUACGAAAGAGUGCAAAGCUGCACAUCUGUAAUUUGGUUUUAUUUUAAAAUCGAUAUCUUUUGUUCGAA